CCCCCACCCCCUCCACCUCUCAUUGUUUAGGAGGAAUAGGUUGCCAGCCCCCUUUUGUUUACCUCCCUCUCCCGCUUUCCCUCUCACUGCGCAGUUUCUGGCUUUAGCUGCAUUUUGCAUGAAAGUGGCAAUCUGUGAGGAUUACCCAGUUUGAGGGCUAGAGAAAAAGUAUACUGUAGCUUGAGUGCUUAUUUUGACUCAAGGCAGAACUGAAGACAUGGGCUCCGUUUCAAACCAGGAAUUCCCAGGAGUGUGUAAACCCGAGGAGGAUGAAGGACCGUGCACCGAGGAAGACUGCCAGUCUUUCCACGGAGUCGGCGUGUGCAAAUGGUUCAACGUCCGCAUGGGCUUCGGGUUCCUGUCCAUGACGGACCGGGAGGGAGUGCCUCUGGAAGAACCGGUCGACGUAUUUGUCCAUCAGAGCAAGUUGCACAUGGAGGGCUUCCGCAGCCUGAAAGAAGGCGAAGCGGUCGAUUUUAGCUUCAAGAAGUCAUCAAAGGGCCUGGAGUCGCAGCAAGUUACCGGGCCCGAUGGCAUCCACUGUGUGGGCAGCGAGAGGAGACCCAAAGGCAAGAAGGUCCAGAAGCGACGCUCAAAGGGAGAUAGGUGCUAUAACUGUGGAGACCUGGACCACCAUGCCAAAGAGUGCAAGUUGCCACCCCAGCCCAAGAAGUGCCAUUUCUGCCAGAGCAUCGACCACAUGGUUGCCAACUGCCCAAUCAAAGCACAACAGUCGUCACCAGGAUCUCAGGGAAAACCGUCCCCCUCGAAAGGAGACAACGUGGAGGAGGAGGAGCACAGCCUCGCGGCACCCCCUCCCGAAGCCUCUGAUUAGGCGAGUUAUCGGGGAAGAGCAGAGGCCAAUCAAACUGCUUCGAUGGUGAGACGGGACACAUGGAUCCCCUUCCACCUGUCGAAGCUGCUUUUGAAACUACCUCAGGUUAAAAAAAAAAAAAUGCUGAUGAAGAAUGUUGCUAAAGUUUUUGUUGAUUUGUUUUACGUUGGUGUAACACUCAGGAAUACUGCUGUAUUAUUGCACUCAGGACGCUUUCUAAAUGUUCGAAUCACUGCUGUUUAAGGCGUUGAGAUUGUAGUGCCAUAUAACAGAUUAUCUUUUUUAAGUAGAAUCUAUGUUUUGUUUUUAUGUGAAACUGCCCUUACAGUGGGUGGUCUACCUCAUUUGUUUUGCGUAAUACUCAGUAAGUGUGUUUAAGUAUUAGAGUUACACUUUUGCUGCCUUACCAAUUAGUCUCCUUCCUGACUGUUACACCUGACUAUCCGACAAGGCAGAGACUUUAAAGUUGGGACCUCUGUAAUGAAUGUUACUUUGCAUAUCGCAUGGGGAGAGGGAGGGUUUGUGAAAACAUAUGGGAUGGGUUUUACGGUAUAGCUUUAGGCAAUGUAUUGGCAUAUGUCAAUAUUGCAAUCGACCAUCCAGUGAUCCUGGGGCGAAAUGAAUGUCAGACCAGAAGUGGUUUUUCAAGCUGUCGGUCAGAUUAAUUUUUUUGUCAUUUUCAUUAUUUUCGUCCAGCCUUUUGCUGGCUGUCUAAAUGUGCCGAUCUACCUCAUGGUCUGCUACCAAAACUCAUUCGAACUGCUGAUGGUAAACCAAAUAUUUUCAUAAUACAGCUUUGGAGAUUAUUGGGAUGAAAUCAAAGCCUUUUUGCACUACAGUAUUUACACAGAAUUUCCAAUAAAAUGAAUAAAACCCCAAUUAAGGAUGAACUUAACACCUUUCCUAAAACAUGUUAAUGUCAGGUUUGGGAAAAAUAGAGAAUAUGAUGGGCACAUCAAUUUAGAUAAUUACGAUAAAACAUUUGGUCAACACUAUUUGACAAGGAAAGUCCGUUUUGUUUGUAGGCCGGCCCUCAAUUAGUCGGUAGUUUUAGUCUUUUAAGUUUGGUGUCAAGUUUCUCUUAUGUUUCCGGGAGCUUAAUUAAUUUCCAUCAAUGGCUGAAGUGUAAAAAUCGUACUGACAUUUUAUAAAAACCUCAACUUGGAUUUGAUAGAAUUCCAACAAAUAUGAUACCUCAUCACUUCUGAUAAGAUACUUGACCUGGACUGAGAUACUGAGGGUCCAACUAGCUCUCCUCUUGAUACUUGAAUAAAAUGAGGCAGAAUCAAACAGGAUGUCGCCAGUGGGAUGGCUGGUGUUUUGUUUAUAUUCAGUGUGAUUCAUUUCUAGGUAGUUAUUUAAGACAUUACCUCCCUAUGACCCUUAGGAGGGUUAUAGCUCAGGAACACCAAGCCUGCACGGAGGAGCAUGUAGAACUAGCUAGCGACUCGGCGAUUUACUCCCGUUCUACAGGAGACGCUGACACGACUUUUACACCGAAUUAAUAUAUAUGUGAAGUUAUUCUAAAGCCUUUUAAAAAAGUCAUUCUACUUAUUUAUUUUCAUCCAAGAGUGCUGCAGCUUCCCCCUUCUGCUCCUGUUGAAGCCUCUCAGCAACCAAAUGUCAUUCAAAGCUAUAUGUGACAUGAGAAUAUAUUUGGCUAACACAUUUUAACAUCCAGGUACUUGUAUUGCUGUGUACAAAAGUGCUUGAUAAAUCAUUGUCCUUAACAAUAGUUCAAAGCAGUAUUGAACAGUAAUAUAUUGCAACGCACAAGUAACAUUAUACAGUCAAUUAUGUGCAGGUACAUAGUAUUAUGAGGAGUGACGGUAACUGUGAGUUUGUUUUUACUUUUUUUGCCUUGUAUGAUUUUUCUUUCUUUAAUUCUUUGUUUUUUGUUCACAAUGAGCCUCUCAGAAGAGAGCCCGUUGUUAUUCUUAUCUAUGCCAAAACCAAUGCAAUGUUACUCUGCACUAAUCAUGUGUAAGAUGCAUUAAUUAAUUUUUGUAUUCAUUUCAAUCUUUACUUUCAAAUAUAUGUUGCAUAUUUUAUAUUGUAUUUUUUUAGAUUUUCAUAUACCACAUACAGUCGGUCGCUGGUUGGUUGAAAUAAAUAAAAAACCCACUCCUAGGCUCCCCUCAGGAAUUGCCAAUCUGAAAACUCAGGGAAUGCUUCAGAUUGAUUAGAAGGAGUCGAGGAGUGUUUAUUCAGGAAAAAGUAGAGACCGAAUGUUCAUCCGCACGAUGUGAAGCGUAUGAUAAAGAUGCCAAAGUAAAAGGGGGUUUCGUAAUGUGAUGGUGCAACAAUUUUGUUUUACCUUUUUGUAAGAAAAAAAUAAAUAGGAUUGUGGCCCAAAAAAACAAUAAUUAGUGAAAUGGUCACGUUGAGAUUUUUAUGCGUGACUUUUAUACUUUGUCAUCUUUCCAUGCCUCCCGUGUGAUGAUGAUCUUAUGUUCUCCUCUUUGACCUAACCUGCCGUGAUAUGACAUGAUAUGAAGAAAAUGUUCCACUAUUAUUGUAUUUUUUCCUCUAUAAUCGUUGUAGAUGGGGAUGUAGUAGAAUAUUGUAACGGGGAUGGGGGCUAGUAGUAUAUAAUCUGGGGUUGUCUCAUCUCAACACAUGGCCAAGACUUUAGUGUUUCAGACUAUCAAUGCUUAAGACAAAAAGAAUGUGUCAUGGAUGAAAACUAAAAAAAAAACUUUCCUACUCUGCUGUUAGGUGAUGAUAUAUAUACGUUUAAUACCUGAUUUAAAAAAAAAAAAAACAGUUUUGAAGACUACACUCAGGAUUUGAUUGACAGAAAGAUUGUUAAAGUGCUCUGAUUAGAUAGAACGGUUUACAUUUCUGUCUAUUUUUAUGUUGAAAUGACCUUUUAUGAUUGCAGUGCCAGUAUUUUCUCUAGCUUGAACACUUUACUUUCUCUCCAUUUAAAAAGGGACACACAUGGAUGACUUUGUGAUCAAUCUGUAACUAACCUUGUUUAAAAUCCCCGAAACCACUGACUUGGAUUCUGACACCCACUGCUUUGAUAAAGGUUGAAUGAAAGUGUUGUAUUGUAAUGUUUGCAACACUCUGCUGAACUUAGUGGUGUUUUCAAAGUAUCAUUUGGAAACUAAUCCAUUAGAAGUAAGUCCGUUCUGACUGCAACAAACCUGUUCGACCCCUCAGUGGUGUGUGAUUGUGAUUUCAAUGUGGGAUGUUUAAUGGGUCAGAUAUACCUUGAAAAUCCAAGGAUUUGUAAGACUAUGUGCUCAGGGAGACAUUUGAAGCACAUCGAAGCAUCCUGUACCACAGUUUGCGCUAUGUGUGCUUUUCAUGGUACAUCUUGUUUGUGACCAUCAGCCAUUAAUCUGUGGUGUUGUAUUUUAUAAGAUUAUUGGCUAGAGCUACUUCCAAAAAAUAUGUGCAUUUAUUACUGAUGAUUGUAUCAAUGUUUACUGCCAUGAAACUACGUCUAUCUUGAUCUAUCUUAUGUUGAUUUAAUGGCUAGUUUGUCAAUGAUGAGCAGCAUGUAGGCUUUUCAAAGUAUUACUGUGAUUACGUUUCUAUAUGUAAAGAUCUGCUCCAUUUCCUAGUAAAUAUGUCAAUAUUCA